AUGGAGGAGAUCGACAGGCUUCUUUCCACAAUCGAGCUUGAUGAGUACACCAUCAAGGAAGUCCAAAACGGCUGGGAGACGACCGAGAAGCGCCUUGGAGGGCCAAAAGCGGCCGGGGAGGAGGUCUUUACGAAGCUGAGGAACGAGAUUCCGAAGACACAGGGGAUGCUCACACGAUCCAGCACUGUUUGGCAUCUCUUGUCGGAGUUGUUGCAAUCCCUUGGGCAGCCGAAGCUUGUUCAGAAGCGCUUGGAGUACAUCGCCCUGCGCCACAUGAACGCGGAUAUCACCACGGCCGACGUCGAGAUCUUCCGCAACAUCUUGUUUGAAGUUUGUGCGUCGAAGCUGGGUGGCUUGAUGACUCCAGAGUUCCAGUUUGGCCUGGGUCAGAUCGUCGUGGCUGUGGGCACUUCCUUGGCCAAGACCCACGCGCACUACGCAAAGCGGCUUCAUUUGCUGACAACAUGCUGGAAGCAAGUGAACGUGACCGAGGACGACACCCACGAGCAACAGGGACCCGUGUCUCGGCAAGAUUCAGAGGACCAAGACAAGCAGGACGGGGAAGAAGAAGAUAAGACCAAAGACAAGUCCGAGCAGCAGGCAAGAGAAGCUAACAUGGCCGGGGAUGGUGCGAAAGAUGUGGAGAAGGGUGAUCAGGAGCAGGGCGAUGAACGGCAUGGAUCGUGGCAGGACAACUCCAACCUGAACAUUCCAAAGACCUUUGCAGCGAUGGCGCGUUUCAAUGCUGCUGUAAUGGGCACGGGAGACCGCAUGUGGUUUGCUGACAUGCUCUAUGCCAUGGAGUCUCUCGUGCCCUACAUCGGCAACAUAGACCGGGUUCAGGAAGACUGCGACGUACUGAUGUUGACGUUGGCCAAAUACGAUCAAGUCAAUCUGAAGGAAUUCCGUUCCGUGAUGUUCGCAAGUCUUAGGUCCCUUCUGCCGACCAUAUGGAGCAACGACCACGAGAAUGCUUGGGCCUGGUUCUGGACCAUUGUGGAGAAGAAGGUUGAAGAGAACAAGAAGCUCCCCGUGUACAACCACCAGUGCUUGAGGACGUUUCUGGCUCGCCUCGACGAAGAGACCCUUGCAGACUUUAAGCUGAAGGUGUUCGACUCCUUCUUCGCAAACUGCGAGGAGUCGCAGCUUUACUUGCGGGCGGCCAACAAGCGCUUGAUGUACAUCAUGGGGAGGAUCUUGACCAUCAUGUCGGACAUCUACACAAAGACCCACCAAGCCGUCAUCGCCCUGUCCGCUUUGGGCCUUCUUCAUGCCGGGCACGGGGUUCCGGAGGACUUGGUGCGCCCUUUUGUCGCGGCUUUCAUGGGCGGUAUCAAGGAGAACUGCCCAGAUGAGUCUAUGCAUGAUGGGCUCUGGUGGACGUUGGAUCUCAUCGGAAGGAUCUUCAUCCGAACGCUGUCAGAAGGCUCCACGCCAGUGAUCAUCGCCAUCAACAGGAACACAUCCAAGGCUAUGAAGCUGGCUGUGGCCAACUAUCCGCGUGGAGAGCGUGAAGUGAUCUUUCUGAAAGUCCAGGUGGGCACCGAAUCCAUGUCCCCUCUGAUUUGGGCGAUUGAGAAAGGCGCGCUGGAGUCUGCAAAGGAGAUCCUCAACGAUUUGCUCACCAUGCGUGCAGACCGUGCCCGGUACUACUACGGAAUGGAGAUGUUGUUCACCCGGCAUUCUGACAUCAUCAGCCUGCUCUGCACCAAGGCGCCAUCGCUCCUGCCGACCUUGUUUGAUGGACUCAUCUGGCGUUCAAAAAAUGUGAAGAAUGGCAUGCGGCGCGCGAACUACUACAUCGCAUCCUUGCUCAGGGGCGAAGAUGGCCAGCUGACAGACUCCCUCCUCGACCUGAUCAAGCAAGGUGACCCCGAAAUCAUCUGUCAUCCCACGGUGGUGUUUCAGGCGGAUCUUCUUUGGACUCGGCUUUGUUGCUUGCCAUGGGCUAUGACAAAGCUGUGGUUCUGUGCCACCCUUGUGGUCUACGUCAUGGCAGAGCAGCAAGCGGUGACUUCAAGCGAUCCCUUGAGUCAGGAGCGGUUCACCACCAUCAUCUGCCGGGCCUUCUUGUACAUCGGCAGCCUUGGGCAGCUCUUUGCCAAGCAUGCCUACCAGACAUACAGGGCAGUACGUCAGAAGCAGAUGACGCGCAUCUGCUGCUUGCCGGUGCCCAAGUACGUGCUGCAAACGCGCCAAGAGUUGACCGAAGUUCUACUCACCCUCCUCCUGAUGUGUUUGCUGCUUGGCUGCUCUCUUUUGAGUUUUCUGCAGGCUGGCAUUUAUGAUGCAAGGGGGAGCUGCAAAAUGUUGUGCUGCGAGCCGGUGCUCCACUGCCUUGCCGUCAGCAGCGAGUUGUUGACAAACUGCUGCGAGCACGGGGAAUGGCAGUGUCAUCUUAUCCACACAUACAACCGCCUCGCUGCCUUUCCCAUGAUGCUCUACUUCGUGCUUGCCUCCGAGUUGGUGCACCUGAAUGUCAGCCUCUCUGUCUUCAGCGUGAUCUGCUCAUGCCUGAUGUGGGAAUUCAUCCUCUACGUGGCAGUCUUGGCCUUCUUCACAGCAGCUUUCGCGUCGGCGGUUGCUUGCUUACCCCCAUCCUUGGGCACCGACUCGAUUCAAAUGCGGGACUUCUUCAGCUGGCCCCUGGCUUUUGAGUCUCUGCUGUCCUCGGCCUUCAAUGUCUAUGGCAGUGACAACUACGAGCAGAUCUCAGUGGCAGAUGAACCGAUGCUAAAGUGGUUUGUCAUGGCCUUUGCGGCGUGCUGGCACGUGUACCUCAUGAACCUCAUGGUGGCACAGCUUUGCCAGCGCUACAACGAAAUCUACCAUGAUGCACGGGGCAAUGCCCGCCUGACCCGUGGAAUCAACAUCUAUGAAACCUCCAUGCCCCUCAUUUCCAAGAAACGCUGGACGGCCUUCGUGGAGUCCUUACGCUUGGAAGAGGCUUGCGAGCUCGAUGAGGGUGAUAAUGGCCCCCGCGGUGCUGUGCCGACUACCGAGGACCCCUACGACUACUUGCAGUAUCCAAAGGUGGAGCUGGACCGUGUUCAACGUUAUGGCGGCCUUGCGAAUCCAGAGCUGCCGUGGCCAUCCUUGGAGGAAGCGGUGGAUGACAGCGCUGUCGGCAAAUUGACGCGAAUGACGCAAGCCAAGUUCGAGGAGAUGGACCGACUCAUGGUGGACAUGGCCAUCAAACUCCAGGUUCGACCUCCAGGGACCUCGGGUGGAACCAAGGAAUACUCAGCGAUGCAUUCCGAGAAGCGCGAUGAAAGCAAGAUUGACGGUCACGAACAGGACGUCGGCACCGCGAAGGAAACCGAAAUCUCUGAAGAACUCGCGGAAGUCUCCGAGGAGUUGCCUGUGAACGAAGUGACUGCGAACGAGCUCGUUCAGGAGCGCACGGAGGAAGGAGAGGCCCUGUCCGCGACCCCGUAUGGUGUGAACGGCACGUCUGUUGUGAGCGGAAGUCCGUCCGUGGACGAGUUCGAGAAGAAGGUCGCGCAGACUGGUUCUAGCAUAGUGGGCUUGGACAUGGGUGGCAUCAACGCCGACGAGCUGGAGAAAAAAGCCAGGGAGCAAAAGAGGAUUGUGUUUCUCCUGCUGCAAGAGUUGAUGAUGUCUCCCUUGGAGAAAGAGCUUACGAUGGACAGACCUGAUGUAGUUAUGACGGAUUUCGCCACCCUGGCAGGCUGCGCCGUUGCCCAGAAGCUGAGAAUACCCCUGCUGGUGAACUUGCCCGGUCCCAUCUCGCUCCUCCGGGUAUUUCUCGGUAUGGUAGACACCACUACAGCCGUUAAUUUCCUGGGGUUGCACAUUGCCCGGCAACGCCUGAGUCCUAUGAGCUUUGCUGGCUGGAUGAACUUUGAUCAGAUGGGGGAGUGGGCUGCCAGGCUCCGGACUUUCAUCGCGAACGGUGCAGUGGUCUUGGUUCAGACAGUAUGGGGCUUGGAUCAGCCCACGCCCCUGCCGCCGAAUGUGGUGAUCACCGGGCCUGUGCUCCCCCCUGCCCACGACUUGCGACAAAAGCUCGCAAGUGAGCACCCUAAGUUGCACGACUUCCUGCGCAAAUCGGGAGACGCAGGUGUCGUCUAUGUCACAACUGGCAGUUUAGCGAAGCUGCACGACUGGCAAGUUCGCGCGAUAUACAAAGGUUUGAAAAAAGCAAAGUGCCGUGUGGUGUGGAGCUUAAAGGAGGCACAGCAGGAGUUCCUGCCCAGCAAAGACGAUCCAGAAUUCUACAUUAGCAAGUGGACACCACAAGCUGAGCUUCUGCAGGAUGACGCCGUUAAGGUGGUGAUCACUCACUGCGGAUGGGGAGGCACACUGGAAUGCAUGACUGCGGGCAAGCCUGUGGUGGCCAUCCCUUUCUUCGGGGAUCAGCCCAUAAAUGCGAAGCUUCUGGUCGAGGCCGGCGUCGGAGAGCUCAUAGGUCGGAUUCCGAUGGGUGGCGAAGGACACGGCAACCCCUACAAAGAGGGCUGGGUAACGGAGGACACUGUCUGCGAAGCCGUCACAAAGGUCCUCCAGAAGAAGUCUUACAAGAAGGUUGCAGAGAAGCUGAUGCGCGCCUCCCGUGCCAGUGGUGGAGCCGAGGCGGCCGUAACACAGAUCGAAUGGGCCGCACGCUUCGGCACGGGACACUUGGCAACGGACUACUACCACCACAGUACCGGCUCCAAUCCUUACAACGGAGUGGUGGUCGGCAUUCUGGGACUUUGUGCCUGCGCUGGUCUGAUGCUGUACAGAAGUGUGCUUCGCAAGUAG